AAGCGCCUUCUACUCUACAUCCUCACCCGGAUUCUUCGCCCCCGGGACGGCAGCCACACGUGUCUCUUCAACGAGGAUCUCAAGGCCGUUCAUGCAAUCACCCAUGGCGCUUCAAUCAAUUGGGCGAAAUACGUCAUGAUCCACAUGGCGGAUUGCGCCUCAAUCGCCACCGAAAGGAGCUUGCCAUACGCCUUCCUCGUCAUGGACCUCAUCGUCUCCGCCGACAUCCACAUCGCCGGGCCAAGCACGAAGAUGACGAAGAUUUGGAUCAUCCAAGAUAGCACCUUCUGGAAGAAGUCCGGUGACGGAACCGGCGCUGGACCGAGUCGUGCCCCUGCCCCCGCUCCCGCCAAGGCGUCCUUACAGUCCAUAGCCGAUACUCUGAAUCGGCUAACCCUCACAGUGGAUGGCAUGGGGCAGUCAAUCGAGCGGAUGGAUUGGACGCUGCAACGUCAACACCAUGACAUGACGGCGUACUUCCGGGGCAUCAACUACGUCCCACCGCCCUUUGACAGCACCAUUAAAUUACUGCCACCACCAGGAUUGAAGGUUACUAAUAAUGUCCUUGGUGAUGUCCUCGACCCUGCAUUUGUUAUUCCCAAAGUUAACUGCUGCAUAAUGCUUCCAGAUGUUCGAGCCGAUGAUGCAUGGUGCUAUCCUUUUAAGGUUCCCUCUAAGCGUGUGAUUGUUGCCUCGCAAGUUCCAUUCGAGGAGAUGUUGCUUGAAGGAGAUGUUAUCUUUGAGAAUUGGCUCAUCUAAAAGGUAAGCAAACUUGCUCCAAAUAUUUCUGAUUUUUGGGCAUUGAAGGAGGCAGUGGUUCAAAGAUCCCUCAUGAUUUAGGCAGAAAGGGCAUAUGGAAGGGUAGCUGUAAGAGAACCUAGUCAGGUUUUCUGGCCAAGGGAGUGAUCUAUAAUUUGUUUUCCAGAUAAAGAGCCUGACUUUAG